AUGGUUCAAGUAAUUUUUCCUUCUUCUGUACUUAAGGGUGAGAUGAUUUCCUACUGGGAUUACCCAAGUGAAGAAUAUGAGGUUGUGACUGAAGAUGGCUAUAUCUUGGGAGUCAACAGGAUUCCUCAUGGGAAAAUAAAAUCUAAUAAUUCCGCUCUGAGGCCUGUGGUGUUUUUAAUGCAUGGCUUUCUUACAUCUGCCAGUUGCUGGGUUUCCAACCUGCCCAGCAACAGCCUGGCUUUUAUUCUGGCAGAUGCUGGUUAUGACGUGUGGAUGGGGAACGUCAGAGGAAACACAUAUUCUCGAAAGCACAUACACCUAUCACCAGAGUCAAAAGAAUUCUGGAGCUUCAGUUUUGAUGAAAUGGCAAAAUAUGAUCUCCCGGCUUUAAUCAACUUUAUUGUAAAGCAAACUGGACAGGAACAGAUAUAUUAUGCGGCACAUUCUCAAGGCAACAUUAUUGCAUUCAUAGCAUUUUCUACCAUUCCAAAGUUGGCUCAACGAAUAAAAACCUUUUUUGCAUUAGCUCCAGGCUUCUACUUUAGACACAUAAGAAGUGCUCUAAGAAUACUUUUACAGCUUCCUACAGUAUUACUUGAGACUUUAUUUUCUGGACAGGAAAUCUUUCCAAAAAACAUUUUAAAUCAGAUUGCUGCUGCAGUGUGUAACCACGAUCCUAUAGAUGUUAUCUGUGGCAAAAUCAACUUUGCUCUGUUUGGAUUUGAUCCAGAAAGCUUAAACAUGAGUCGAAUUGAUGUAUAUUUGUCACAGAACCCAGGAGGAACAUCUCUUCAAAAUCUUUUACAUUACAAGCAGGCAUAUCUAGAAAUUAAGGAAGUACUUCGAGCUUAUGAUUUUGGAAGUCCUGCUCAGAACAUGAAACAUUAUAACCAGCCCAUUCCUCCCCAGUACAGUGUGAAGAACAUGAAAGUGAGGACUGCAAUAUGGUAUGGUCUACAUGACAGUGUGACUUCUCCCCAAGAUACUGAAAGCCUACUCACUCAAAUACCUAACCUCAUUUAUAGUAAAAAAUUACGUACAUUCAAUCAUAUAGAUUUUAUCUUUGGAUCCUGUUCCUCCCCACUACAAUGUGAAGAACAUGAAAGUGAGACUACAAUGUGGAAUGGUCUGCAGGACCACAUAGCUAACCCCAUGGGUGUCCAACCCCUGCUCGCUCAAAUACCUCACCUCAUUUAG